AAGCAUGGCUGCAUUGUCGGAGAAUCCAAAAAAGUUAGCUUGCAGAGUAGAAGAUGCCAUGGACAGGGAAAGCUGCAGCUAGAUGCACUUUAAUGAAAGCGAAAGGUCGAGGGUGAGAAGAUUGAUUCUGAUAUUUGGAAGCAAAGGUGGUGUUGAGGGGAUUUAUGAUUAACAGGAGCGUGGACAGGAAACAUCUUGCAGAGAAAUAUUUCUGGAAGCAGACAUAUUCCCGAGGAGGAAGUUGCAGCCCAGCUGUGAUACCACUGGACCUUGAACAGGAGAUUGCCUAAUCAUUAACUGAAGACAGAAUCAACAGCUAUGCAGAAUUCUCAUAUGGAUGAGUACAGAAAUCCGAGUAAUGGCAGCACAGGCAGCAGUUCAGAGGUAGUGGUAGAACAGUCUGCUGAUUUCAGUACUGAGAUUAUGAAUGUUACGGAAAUGGAACAGUCACCUGAUGGAUCUCCUAAUGUGAACGCAACCACAGAAGAAAAUGAAAUAGCAAAUGCAGUGGACCUUCCAUUGACAGAAACGGAAGCAAAUUUCCCUCCAGAAUAUGAAAAAUUUUGGAAAACUGUAGAAAAUAAUCCUCAGGAUUUUACAGGCUGGGUAUAUUUGCUUCAGUAUGUAGAACAGGAGAAUCACUUGAUGGCUGCCAGGAAAGCAUUUGACAAAUUUUUCAUACACUAUCCGUAUUGCUAUGGUUACUGGAAAAAGUAUGCAGACCUUGAAAAGCGACAUGACAACAUUAAACAAUCAGAUGAGGUGUAUCGGCGGGGGCUUCAGGCAAUACCUCUUAGUGUUGACCUCUGGAUACAUUAUAUAAACUUCUUAAAGGAAACAUUGGACCCUGGUGAUCCUGAGACAAACAGUACAAUAAGAGGAACUUUUGAGCAUGCUGUUCUAGCUGCAGGAACAGAUUUCCGAUCUGACAGACUGUGGGAGAUGUAUAUAAAUUGGGAAAAUGAACAGGGAAACCUGAGAGAAGUUACAGCUAUAUAUGAUCGUAUUCUUGGUAUUCCAACACAGCUGUAUAGUCAUCAUUUUCAGAGAUUUAAAGAACAUGUACAGAAUAACUUGCCUAGAGAUCUUCUAACUGGAGAACAGUUUAUUCAGCUGCGAAGGGAAUUAGCUUCUGUAAAUGGACAUAGUGGAGAUGAUGGCCCUCCUGGUGAUGAUCUGCCAUCGGGAAUUGAAGAUAUAACUGAUCCAGCAAAGCUAAUUACUGAAAUAGAAAACAUGAGACAUAGAAUCAUUGAAAUCCAUCAAGAAAUGUUUAAUUAUAAUGAGCAUGAAGUUAGUAAAAGGUGGACAUUUGAAGAAGGUAUUAAAAGACCUUAUUUUCAUGUGAAACCAUUGGAAAAGGCACAAUUAAAAAACUGGAAAGAAUACUUAGAAUUUGAAAUUGAAAAUGGGACUCACGAACGAGUUGUGGUUCUCUUUGAAAGAUGUGUCAUAUCAUGUGCCCUCUAUGAGGAGUUUUGGAUUAAGUAUGCCAAGUACAUGGAAAACCAUAGCACUGAAGGAGUGAGGCAUGUCUUCAGCAGAGCUUGCACUAUCCAUCUCCCAAAGAAACCCAUGGUGCAUAUGCUUUGGGCAGCUUUUGAGGAACAGCAGGGUAACAUUAACGAAGCCAGGAAUAUCUUGCGAACAUUUGAAGAAUGUGUUCUAGGAUUGGCAAUGGUUCGUUUGAGAAGAGUAAGUUUAGAACGACGGCAUGGAAAUAUGGAAGAAGCUGAACAUUUACUUCAGGAUGCCAUUAAGAAUGCCAAAUCAAAUAACGAAUCAUCGUUUUAUGCUAUCAAACUAGCCCGACAUCUUUUCAAAAUACAAAAAAACCUUCCCAAAUCAAGAAAGGUGCUUUUGGAAGCAAUUGAACGAGACAAAGAGAACACAAAGUUAUACCUCAAUUUACUUGAAAUGGAAUAUAGUGGUGACCUCAAACAAAAUGAAGAAAAUAUCCUAAACUGUUUUGACAAAGCUGUACAUGGCUCCUUACCUAUUAAAAUGAGAAUUACAUUUUCUCAGAGAAAAGUGGAAUUUCUUGAAGAUUUUGGUUCAGAUGUUAAUAAGCUUCUGAAUGCUUAUGAUGAACAUCAAACACUCCUAAAAGAACAGGAUUCUUUAAAAAGGAAAGCAGAAAAUGGAUCAGAAGAACCAGAGGAAAAGAAAGCACAUACAGAAGAUACAACUUCAUCAUCUACACAGAUGAUUGAUGGUGAUUUACAGGCAAAUCAAGCUGCAUAUAAUUAUAGUGCCUGGUAUCAAUACAAUUAUCAGAAUCCUUGGAAUUAUGGACAGUAUUAUCCUCCCCCUCCAACCUGAUGGGAAAAUGUAAAUAUCGGAUGGAGUGUGUGAAAAGUAUGAAAUUAUUUUUUUUUAAUGAGGGAUGUAAACAUGGCAUAAGCUUGUUGCAUUUGAUAACUUGUCUUCCCUGUUUCUGUGUACAUGAUUUGUUUAGUAAUAGGAGAAAAUGUCAUUUAGUAGCUUACCACAGAUACUAUUUCCUACCAUUUAUAAAAUUUACUUUUUAUUGGAGAACUAUUUUUUUGAUUUUUGCAUUAAGUGGUCUAGAAUUCUUUUUGCAAUGCAUUUCCAACAGUUUUGUAGCCUUAAGGGGUAGGAAAAAAAACUGACUGCAAUCAUGUCACUGUAGUACAAGAUGCUGAAAACACAUAAGGGCUGGUUAUUAAGGAUUUACCUCCUCUGUAAAACAAAACAAAAUGGAUUUUUAACCUUUGCUGACGAGGUUUUGUCUGUGUGUUUCAAUUAUCCUUGUGAAUUUGGAUCUAACUGCAGAAAAGGUAUACUAUUAAAAUACCAUGUCUUGGAGUAGAGAUUGUAAAUGAGAAAAUGGAAUGUCUGCAUCCCUUUAAAAAAUGAAAAUCAUAUCAAAAGUAUGUUAUUUCAGGAGACUUUGUAUUUAGAAUAUUCAUGUAAAACUUGUGAGCAAGCUUUCAUUUUGAUCAAACUGAUCAUCUUCAUUUUUGUAAUAAAACUGAAGACUCACCA